UGAUUAACCAAAAAGAGGAAAAAAAAAGAUUGGGAACUGAAAAUUUAUUUGCUAUAUAUUGAUAGACUACGUCGACUUCUAAACCCUAGCAAUUCCUUCAAAACUCCAAUUAAAAACCCUAAUAUUUUCAUCCAUGGCGAAAAAGCGAAAGCAACGAUCCUCUGAACCCCGACCCACCAAGCCCACGUCAAAUCCUCAACCAAAUCAAAAACAGCAGCAAGAACAUCCCCAAUAUAUAUCCGACGAAGAUUUGAACCCGGAACUAGACGAGGAGCAACAUCUACAGGAAGCGGAAGAAGAGGAAGAAGAGGAAGUAGAAGUUGAAGAAGAAGUAGAAGUUGAAGAGGAAGUUGAAGAGGAAGUUGAAGAUGAAGAUGAAGAUGAAGAAGACGAGGAAGAAGAUGAUGAUGAUGAAGAAAGCGAACAAGCUACAAACCAAACUCUAGUCGGUUCCUCCAACGUCUCCGUUCAAAAUGGAGCCCUGAAGGGAACGGAUCAGGAAGAGCAAUUGGACGAGGAGCCGUUCGAGAAACUUCUAGAGCCAUUCGGGAAAGAUCAAUUGAUUACCCUUAUUAAGAAAGCUGUUGAUAAACACCCGGAAUUUAUCUCGUCCGUUCGGGAGUUCGCUGAUGCAGACCCGGCCCAUAGGAAGAUCUUCGUUCAUGGGUUAAGUUGGGAUACCACUGCUGAAACCCUCACUGCCGAGUUUUCAAAAUAUGGGGAAAUUGAAGAAUGCAAAGCUGUUACCGAUAGGUUUUCUGGGAAAUCCAAAGGUUACGCUUUUAUUCUAUUCAAGCAUCGGAGCGGGGCACGCCGGGCUUUGAAGCAACCUCAGAAGAAGAUUGGGAAUAGAGUUACUUCUUGCCAGUUGGCUUCGCUAGGGCCGGUUCCAGCACCUCCUCCGAAUGCUCCACCUUCUUCUGAGUAUGCUCAAAAGAAGAUUUUUGUAAGCAAUGUGUCAGCUGAAUUGGACCCAGAGAAGCUGCUGGAGUUUUUUAGACAGUAUGGGGAAAUUGAAGAAGGUCCAUUGGGACUUGAUAAGCAGACAGGGAAACCAAAGGGGUUUGCCCUUUUUGUAUACAGGUCGGUUGAAAGUGCCAGGAAGGCACUGGAGGAGCCUCAUAAGAAUUUUGAAGGUCAUGUUUUGCAUUGCCAAAAAGCCAUUGAUGGGCCGAAAUUGACUAAAGGUGGUUAUGGAGGAGGUCCUUCUGUAGGGCAUCAUCAGCAGUACCACCAUCAUCAGCAAGGAGCACAUCAAAUUCAGUCUCAUUACCACCAUGCUAAGAAGGGAAAGUAUUCGACAUCUGGAUCAGAAACUGGUCAUUUGAUGGCUCCAUCUGGUCCUACUGCAGUGGGGUUCAACCCUGGAGUUGCUGCUACUGAUUUUAAUCCUGCUGCUGCACCUGCUUUAAACCAAGCGCUUGGACAGGCUUUGACUGCAUUGCUUUCUGGACAGGGAGGCUUGGGGCUUGGUAAUCUGCUUGGAGGGUUUGGUGGUGCCCCUGUCAAUCAAGGGGCACCCGCUGCAGGGUAUGGGAAUCAGGUUGCUGGAGGUUAUGGAGUGCAGGGCGGGUAUCAAAACCAGCAGAUGGGUCAGGGCGGUGCUGGUAGGAAUCAAUCCGGUGGCAGUGCUCCUUACAUGGGACAUUAGGUGAAGCCCAAGAUGCUUUCAUAGAUGCAUCAAUCAUUUUAUUUUCAACUCUGGUGAUUCUGACGUUCGAGGCACUCGUGCAAACAUGGUCUUUAAAUUUGUACCCAAAAGUUAUUGCUUGUCUACUAUAAAGAUCAGAAAUCUUAAGUCUGUAUUUUCAUUUUUGUUUUCAUACUCUCACCUUCUCAUGUUUUUAAAAAGGUGUUCUAUUUCAGUUUGAAUAUUUGUUUCUUGAAAAGUGUUGAGUAACAAGUAGAAUUUUCAUUUAGAUCCUACUCUGCCUUUUUUAUAUUUUCAAGUGUGACUCAAACAAUUCCUUUUCCAUAUCUUUUUUUUUUAAUUUUCUUUUCGAGAAUGUUCUUAAUUUGGGUUUAUGUGAACAUUUUUGGGAUUAUUUACAUUUUUUAAUUGUGGUUCUGUAAAUUUGAUGUGGAUGGUGGAAUUUUUGUAAUUUGCAUGGAAUGUUAUUGGCUCAUUGGGUUUCCACUGAUUUAACUUCAUGUAGACUGGUGUCUCGGGAUAGGUUGUUCUGUAUAAACCGGUAUAGCUUAUGAAAUCAUUAACUACCAUGUUGGACGAGAUGAGAUUCUAAAUUGCAGGUACGAAGGCUAUAUGGUCCAGACUGCUGCUUUUGUGCUUUUAAGAUACCGUUGACAGAAGCAUAUUCCCGGCUCCUUGUGACCAAUUGAUUCUUAGUUUCUUACUCCCGUACCCUCUGCAUGUGUUCCAUUAGUUGUUUCAGUGGAAGGUAAAGGGAGUUGUGAAAUUGGUGUUCAUCAACAAAUUGUUUUGUACAUUUAGAACGUGGGGUGAAGUGUUGUUUUGUGAUGUAAUCAGUUGACAUGGGAAGUCCCUGGAUAUUGUUUUGCAUGAUAACCUUUUGUUGUUUAUUGUAAAAAUAGAUAGAUGAAGAAGAUAGGAAAUUUUGGUGAUAAUGGAUAAGCAAAGCAUCUAUUUGUCCAA